CUCUGGAGACGUUUGUUGGGGAGGACGUGAGCAACCAUGCUGAUCGUCAACCUGCUGAGUGGGACGGAGUACAGCGUGAAGGUGAUCGCCUCCUACACCACCGGCUCCAGCGAGGCGCUGUCAGGACGGGCCAAGACCUUGUAUCUGGGGGUAACCAACCUGAACCCGUACCAGGUGAAGAUGAACAGUAUCUGCAGCCAGUGGCAGCCUCACAGACACGCCAACGCCUACAGAGUGGUCAUCGAGUCUCUGCUCAACGGUCAGAAGCAGGAGACGAAGCUGAGCGGAGGAGCCAACAGACACUGUUUCAACAGCCUGAAGGCCAACACGCAGUACAAGAUCAGCGUCUACGCCACGCUGCAGGACGGCACCGAGGGGCCCGCCGUCACCGCCACCGAGAAAACACUCCCCGUCCCCACGCCGCCGCCCACCAAGCCCCCCACCACCACGCCACUACCCACAAUCCCCCCCGCCAAGGAAGUGUGUAAGGCAGCCAAAGCCGACCUGGUGUUCCUGAUCGACGGAUCCUGGAGCAUCGGAGACGACAACUUCCUGAAGAUCAUCCGCUUCCUGUACAGCACCACGGGGGCUCUGGACCAGAUCGGCCCCGACGGGACUCAGGUUGCCAUCGCUCAGUUCAGCGACGACGCCCGCACCGAGUUCAAGCUGAACUCGUACGCCGACAAGGAGCGACUGCUGGACGCCAUCAACAAGAUCUCCUACAAGGGAGGAAACACCAAGACGGGUCGAGCCAUCCAGCAUGUGAAGGAGAACAUCUUCACGGUGGAGGCGGGGGUCCGCAGGGGGAUCCCCAACGUCCUGGUGGUCCUGACGGAUGGACGCUCUCAGGACGACGUCAACAAGGUCUCCAAGGAGAUGCAGAUGGAAGGCUACAUCGUGUUUGCGAUCGGCUUCGCUGACGCCGACUACGGCGAGCUGGUGAGCAUCGCCAGCAAACCCAGCGACAGACACGUCUUCUUCGUGGACGACCUGGACGCCUUCAAGAAGAUCGAGGAGAAGCUGGUCACCUUCGUGUGUGAGGCGGCCACGGCCACUUGUCCGUCUGUCCCGAUGAGCGGCAGCACCACGCCAGGUUUCCGUAUGAUGGAGCUGUUCGGUCUGGUGGAGAAUCGCUACGGCAGCGUGUCUGGAGUCUCCAUGGUACCAGGAACCUUCAACACCUUCCCCUGCUUCCACCUGCACAGUGACGCUUUCCUGGCCCAGCCCACCAGAGUGAACGGAGGGAAAACUCUGACGUUCUUCAACAACGACUACAAAGGAGAGUUCCAGACGGUCACCUUCGAGGGGCCCGAAAUCAAAAAGCUCUUCUACGGCAGCUUCCAUAAGCUUCACAUUGCGAUCAGCAAGACGAGCGCCAAAGUGGUGAUCGACUGUAAGACGGUGGAGGAGAAAAACAUCAACGCAGCCGGAAACAUCACCAUCGACGGGCUGGAGGUCCUGGGACGCAUGGUCCGCUCCAGAGGGAACAAGGACAACUCUGCUCCUUUCCAGCUCCAGAACUUUGACAUCGUGUGCAGCACGUCGUGGGCCGGCAGAGACAAGUGCUGCGAACUUCCUGGUCUGAGGAAGGAGGUGGACUGCCCGGCCAUGCCCAAAGCCUGCACCUGCACCCAGGACAGCAAAGGCCCCCCCGGCUCUGCUGGACCACCAGGCGGCCCGGGGAUCCGAGGAGCCCGAGGAGACCGUGGAGAGCCAGGCCCCGUGGGGGCGACGGGGCCAGUCGGGGACACAGGUGUACCAGGCCCUCAGGGCCCCCAGGGACCACAGGGACCCAGUGGACGCUCCAUCAUCGGACCCCCAGGCGGCCCAGGAGAGCGAGGACAGAAAGGUGAAUCUGGACAACAAGGAACUCAGGGCUUGGCGGGCAGAGCUGGAGCUCCAGGUAGAGAAGGACCUGCAGGAGCCCGAGGACUGCCGGGCAAAGACGGGCCCCCGGGCCGCCAGGGGCCCACAGGAACCAUCGGGACUCCAGGGGCCCCGGGGUCCCCGGGCACCACGGGCCCUCCAGGAAAACAGGGAGAACUGGGACCACCGGGUCCUGCUGGAGGCAAGGGGGAGAAAGGAGAACGGGGCGACCUUCAGUCUGCUGCAUCAGUUCAGGCCAUCGCCAGGCAGGUCUGUGAGCAGCUCAUCCAGAGCCACAUGGCGCGCUACAACUCCAUCCUGAACCACGUGCCCAGCCCGCCGGUGUCCAUCCGCACCAUGCCGGGACCCCCCGGAGAGCCGGGCAGGCAGGGAAACCCGGGAACACAGGGAGAACAGGGACCUCCGGGAAGACCGGGCUUCCCAGGACAGAACGGACAGAACGGACAGCCGGGAGAAAGAGGUCAAAAUGGAGAAAAGGGCGAGAAAGGCUCUCCAGGCGUUGGAGUCCAGGGCCCCCGAGGACCUGCAGGACCCCCCGGUCCCCAGGGGCAGGGCAGGCCGGGCAGCCAGGGAUCCUCAGGGCGACCUGGGAACCCCGGACCCCCUGGUCGGCCCGGGGUCCCUGGACCCGUCGGCUCCGCGGGGCCCCCAGGAUACUGCGACCAGAACUCCUGCGUGGGCUACAACGUGGGCGAGGGUGAGGAUGUCACUGACCGCGGCGCUGUCCCCGCAGUCCAACUGCCGUCCAACGUCUUCCAGAACUACGGCGAGGAGGAGGAGGACGACCCGUACCGCUACUACGAGCCCAACUACCCGGCCCCGCGGCCCGUGGCGCCCGGCGACCCGGCGCUCGCCUACGACCACGGCGACCCCCACCGCAGCGCCCGCAGCGUGGACGGCGAGGAGGCGAAGGCGGAGCCCAAGAGGAGACUAAAGAGAGGAGCGAAGACGCUGUCGGGACUAAUUAAAUGAGCGAUCGGGCGGUUUGGAGCCGAUACGGACUAAUCAACAAGUGCCUGAUGUCGAGGAUUUCUAACGGACCGUAGAGGGACGUAGAGGGGUCAGAGGGGGUCAGAGGGGUCAGGGCGGGACGAUUUAACUCAGCUAUGCUAAAACAAGUUCAUGUUUGUUGUUUUUGUUGUUUAAAAUGGAUUCAGCUUCAGCGGCGUUCAUCUUUCAGCUCGUCUCUCCGUCAUCAGACCGGUCGGAGAACAGUUUCUGUCCGUUUCUCUCCUGGUUGGUUAAAGUGCCUCCGAUUCGUCCCAAUCGAAAAUUUCAAAAUGCAAAAAUACAAACAACACAACAAAGAAUUUACACUUUCUUUAUUUCUUUACUUUAUUUCAACCUUUCAGUUUCAGGACGUCUCAGCAAACUUCCUGAUACAUAAAAAGAUUUUGAUUUAAUACUUCAGUAAUUAAAAAUGUAAUCAGCCUUCAGUAGUGUGUGUGUGUGUGUGUACAGCGUCUGCAGAUCAGACAGAAGAUUCACUUCCUGUGAGAUUACUGUCUUAUUUGUGCAAAAGUUUCAACUUUGACCGAAAGCGGCUGAGUGUUUUGGCUCCGCCCACUAGUUAGUUUCCCUCUGCCACUGUUUCCAUAUAGGUACUUUUGUAGCAGAGUUAAUGUGACAACAGGCCGACGCAGCAACAGUGUUGCCAACUUACCGACAUUGUCUCUAUAUUUAGACUAUUCAGACCCUCUAGAGGCUUUUUGUCUCUAUAUUGAGACUAUUCAGACCCUCUAGAGGCUAUUUGUCUCUAUAUUUAGACUAUUCAGACCCUCUAGAGGCUAUUUGUCUCUAUAUUGAGACUAUUCAGAACCUCUAGAGGCUCUUUGUCUGUAUAUUUAGACUAUUCAGACCCUCUAGAGACUCUUUGUCUCUAUAUUUAGACUAUUCAGACCCUCUAGAGGCUCUUUGUCUCUAUAUUUAGACUAUUCAGACCCUCUAGAGGCUCUUUGUCUCUAUAUUUAGACUAUUCAGACCCUCUAGAGGCUCUUUGUCUCUAUAUUUAGACUAUUUAGACCCUCUAGAGACUCUUUGUCUCUAUAUUUAGAUUAUUCAGACCCUCUAGAGACUCUUUGUCUCUAUAUUGAGACUUUUCAGACCCUCUAGAGACUCUUUGUCUCUAUAUUUAGACUAUUCAGACCCUCUAGAGGCUCUUUGUCUCUAUAUUUAGACUAUUUAGACCCUCUAGAGGCUCUUUGUCUCUAUAUUUAGACUAUUCAGACCCUCUAGAGGCUCUUUGUCUCUAUAUUUAGACUAUUUAGACCCUCUAGAGACUCUUUGUCUCUAUAUUUAGAUUAUUCAGACCCUCUAGAGACUCUUUGUCUCUAUAUUGAGACUGUUCAGACCCUCUAGAGACUCUUUGUCUCUAUAUUUAGACUAUUCAGACCCUCUAGAGGCUCUUUGUCUCUAUAUUUAGACUAUUUAGACCCUCUAGAGACUCUUUGUCUCUAUAUUGAGACUGUUCAGACCCUCUAGAGACUCUUUGUCUCUAUAUUUAGACUAUUCAGACCCUCUAGAGGCUCUUUGUCUCUAUAUUUAGACUAUUUAGACCCUCUAGAGGCUCUUUGUCUCUAUAUUUAGACUAUUCAGACCCUCUAGAGGCUCUUUGUCUCUAUAUUUAGACUAUUUAGACCCUCUAGAGACUCUUUGUCUCUAUAUUUAGAUUAUUCAGACCCUCUAGAGACUCUUUGUCUCUAUAUUGAGACUGUUCAGACCCUCUAGAGACUCUUUGUCUCUAUAUUUAGACUAUUCAGACCCUCUAGAGGCUCUUUGUCUCUAUAUUUAGACUAUUCAGACCCUCUAGAGGCUCUUUGUCUCUAUAUUUAGACUAUUCAGACCCUCUAGAGGCUCUUUGUCUCUAUUUUUAGACUAUUCAGACCCUCUAGAGGCUCUUUGUCUCUAUAUUUAGACUAUUCAGACCCUCUAGAGACUCUUUGUCUCUAUAUUUAGACUAUUCAGACCCUCUAGAGGCUCUUUGUCUCUAUAUUUAGACUAUUUAGACCCUCUAGAGGCUCUUUGUCUCUAUAAUUAGACUAGUCAGAUUCAAAUAUGUGCUGUGGCUCAAAAAAAGGGUUGGAAAACACUGCUUUAUGUUGGAGAUCCUGUUGCAUAUUAAUGUAGCUCUGAUAACAACCUACUGGCCUGCCAGCAGGUGGAGCAGACCUGCUGAUAAACAAACAUCUGACAAAUAAAACCCGUCGACCCGUCGUGUUGAUCUCCUGCAGCCAGUAAAGGCUCUUGUUUUGAAAAGACCGUAGGAACAAACUCUGGGGUCGUAGGUUUGGACGACUUACAGGAUCUGGUUGUUUUGGUAUAUUAUAUAUAUAUAUAUAUAUA